CCAUUGUAUCCGAGCUGACCGCGAUCAUGAACGUGUAGUUUGGCGAGCAGAAGCUCUCCGCUACUUACCGCUAAUUUAGAGGGAAGGCUUUAUGUAGUAUAAAAAAAGAAAAAUGGAUAUUUUAAAAGCCGAGAUAAUGAAAAAGCGAAAACAGUUGGAGGAAAGCAAUGUCUUGGAAAAUAAUAAAAAGUACUUCAGAAGGGGUGAACUGUUGUCGAAGGAAAGAGAAACUGCCCAGAAACAUGGUAGCAAUAGCGAUACAAUUGAAUCAAGUGUUAGUCAACACUCUGAAGAAUCUGUAACAAGUAGCAGUUCGGAACAUUUGACAUUAUCAAGACACGAAGUGAUUAGAAGGUUACGAGAAAGAGGAGAGCCUAUAAUGUUAUUUGGAGAAUCAGAACUGGAGGCUUUUAAAAGAUUGAGAAAACGUGAAAUUCUUGAACCUGAAGUAAACAAAGGGUUCAGGAAUGAUUUUCAAGAAGCUAUGGAACAAGUUGAUCAAGCUUAUUUAAAUGAACUGUUAGCAACGUCAAAGCCACAAGAACGAAGUGGGAAAGGUGAUGUGCCUGUACCUGAUGAAGGUGUUACUUAUGAAGAUAUUCAGAAGAUGUCUGUUAGACUCAACAGAGGGGAUAGAGACUUUGAUAUGAGUGUCAUUAUUCAAUUCCUACAAUUCUUAGUACAAUUGUGGGGCAAUCAAUUAAAUAGUAGAACAGCUGCUGAGAAAAUGAGUACUAGAGGGAAGAUGGCUAGUGCAACGUAUGCCCAGACAAGAGAAUAUCUUAAACCUCUUCUCAGAAAAUUACAAAAUAAAUCACUGCCAGAGGAUAUCACAGACAGUUUAACAGAAAUCGUGAAACAUCUUCUUGAGCGCAACUAUAUAUUGGCCAGUGAUGCUUAUCUUCAAAUGGCAAUUGGAAAUUCGCCAUGGCCUAUUGGUGUCACUAUGGUCGGUAUUCAUGCGCGUACAGGUAGAGAGAAAAUUUUCUCAAAGAAUGUCGCACACGUGAUGAAUGACGAAACUCAACGGAAAUACAUUCAAGCAUUGAAGAGACUCAUGACAAAAUGUCAAGAAUAUUAUCCAACGGAUCCUUCUCGAUGUGUGGAAUACUCCAAAACUUGAGAUCAACAAAGUGUACAUAUAUUUUUAUAUCAGCUAUAAGUAAUUAUGUUAAAUAUAUUAUCUAGUAAAUUAAUAAUAGUAA